CAAGGAUAGCCCGCCAUUGAAAUUUAAACCCAUUCAAAACGAAUCUUUACGACAAUAUUCCAGUAGUCCGUUCAGUAAUUCAACCAAUGAGAAGCCAAGUUUGUCUGAUACUGUAGAUAGUUUAUCGGAGGUGAUAAUUUGUACGAUCUGUGGAGAGUUGUUCGAGAAUCGGGAAGAGUUGAAGAUCCACCAUGAUGAAUGUGAUGAUCCUGAAUUACAACAGAAGCUGAUCGCCAUGAUUAAAGAAGGUCGUGAUUGUGAACUUUACCCAGAAUCCAACGACAACUCAGACCCGUCCAAACCUUUCUUGUGUCCAAUUUGCGGGAAGUCUUUCGGGGAUAAGAAGAAUCUUGGGAAACAUGUAAAAAUUCAUUCCCGCGAGGGUCAUCCAUGUAGUUCCUGUUCACGGAAAUAUAGCACAAGGUCAAAUCUCCAAGGUCACAUGCGUGUCCAUUCAUCGGAGAAGCCAUACACGUGUGAUUAUUGUGGGAAAGCAUUUAAUAGUUAUUGCAUUCUCAAGGUUCAUAUAAGGACGCAUUCAGGUGAACGGCCAUUUUCUUGCCCUACAUGUGGAGUAUCUUUUGCAAAAAAUAUUCAUUUACGACGUCACAUGCAAAUUCAUACGGGAGUGAAGCCCCAUGUGUGUGAUAUCUGUCAGAAACAUUUCAGUAGGAGUGAUCACUUGAAACGUCACAAGCAG